AUGGCCUCUGCAAGUCUGCGGCCAGGGCCACCGUUUGAUCCAUUUCGGAUCAGGCGAAAGCCCGUCUCCAACCCAAAUAUACGGGGAACCGCCAAUGCUGAAGCCCCUGAAGUCCUGUCGCGUGCGACAAGCACCCCGUCCCUGGUGCCGCCCCUGUUGCCACGGCCUCCAUCAUAUAAUGAUCUCUACGGGGCGGCAUCGUCAGCUUCUCAGCCUGAGACCUUGCUGAGGCCACGGACAGCGGGAGCAUCGACUUCAUCAGCACCGUCGCCCCCGUCACCAAGUCCAUCUCCUACGCCGGUGCAGAAGGCGUACGGCGAAGCCCGGCACUUCUUGGGUGGCUUGAUCAGCCACCCAACUGAAUCUAACAAACAUACCACCAUCCUCCGUCACUCUCAUGGCCUAGUCUUCUAUCGGGGUAACUCCACCUCAGUCGCUGUGUCUAUCUUCUCUGAUGCCCCCCUGCCACAAGACCGCACUAUAUGGCUGCAGAAUAAGGGAUGGUCCGGCAAGACUGGCAUGCGCGCCAAAGCUUUGUUCCGCCUCAAUGACAGCUGGAUUGAUGUCACACCAGGCAUGCCCCUCCGGGCCGAUCAAGUGAACCCGGAUGAUGAACGCGCCUGGCAGCGUGAUAUCAAACGGUUUCGCAAGAAGGCGCCUGCACGGCCACGAAAUACGCACCACUUGCGCGAGACUGCGGUCGUGCGUAUCCCUGCAGACGCUGGCGAUGGCUAUUUCCAGCUGGUGCUGUGCCAAGGUCCCAAAACGAAGGUCCUUGGCAAUAGCCCCGUUUUCCGUGUCAUCUCAACAUCUAUCAACCCCCAUUCGAUCCGCGGUGCGAGCUUGAGCACUCUGCCCCUCGAGGUCGGCGCAAUGAUAGCCAGUCUCUAUGCCCAGACUGCAGCACAGACUGUGUUGGGCCCUGCCGCUGGCGCUGUCAAAUCCAAGGUGGAUCCGUACCGUCCAUCGUGGUUGACACAAGCUGCUGCACAAAAGGCAUAUUCAGCUAGUGGCAUUCAAGAUCGCAUAGCGGGGGCUUUCACCGGGCCACCGGGUCCAACUCGGAGGGCGCAAACUGACGGAUAUCCGGUAGCCAUCACGAACCACCAAGUAGAGCCGAUUGAAUUAGGGCCUCAGCCACCAUUUCCCAUGAUCUUCACAGCUCGGGGGCAAAAUGCUCAUCCAAUGACUUCUUGCACACUCAGCGACACCACGAAUUUGACUCUCUCGCACUUCCCGAGCUGGGUAUCAGAGCAGUUACGAGGUUAUUACUUUGGGUGGACUCGAUUUGACAUUAGCACCGGGGCAGAACAGUUGACAGGGCCGUGGUAUCCGACGAUUCUUUCUGUUCGCACUCUAGACCCCCUCCAAGCGGCUCGCGUCGACAUGGCCCAGGUUGCGAAGUAUGUUGUGAGACUUCGGCUGUUGGACGAGGUGCCUCUACAGACGACCAAGGUGGAGAUCUGCGUCAUGGGAUUUCUGCGGGGAGAAAUACCGCCUCCCACUGGAGCCACUAGCCAAGAACUUGCAGAUGCCCAAGCAGCCGCUGCCGAGGCCACUGUUCUCGCCGAUGCCUAUGACGUAUCGGUUGUGCAGCACACUCUGUCCCACCCCGUUUGGGCUCCAGAAGGGCAUGGGCCAACUGAAAUCCAGCGGCAGAAUGCUGGCUGGGUAGACAAGACGCGAGAGGGCUAUGCGAACCUCCGCGCGAAGGGACAAAAGUGGGUGGAGCAGGUCCCAUUGCACCGCCUUGGGGUUCGCUCUGCCACAGAUGAGUGGAGAGAGCGACAAGUGGCCGUGAACGGCUUUUUUAUUGUACGAUGA